GCGCUGUUCCGGGAGCAUGCAACCUUCAACAUUGCAGACUGCCCGCCUUGAGCGGCGCUCUUUGGGGAGGCUGCUGUUUGCAGGCGCCGCUGUUUUGCACGGGGUCAGGGCUGGAGUCGGUCGCUCGGUGUGGGACAUGACGGUCGGUGUUUGGAGCAAGUCGCCUCUUCGGUCCAUCCUGGGGACGGGUCUGGCUAGGAACCUACUCCGCUUGUCUCCGCUGUCCCGGCCUAGCAGCGGCUCCAAGGGUCUGGUUCUUGGUGUGUAUGAGGGAGAGAAAGGGGAUGGCUCGGUUCAGUUCACAAAUGCAGGGGAAGUUUUUAGUAAUUCCACAUCUGGAAGACUUAGAGAACUUCUGACCAUAUCUGGACCUGCGCUUAAAAAAGGCAGAAGUCGCAUAUUUUAUGGGCUGCAUCAGGAUUUCCCUCAUGUUGUAGUUGUUGGUCUUGGUGACAAAAAUGCUGGAAUUAAUAAUUUGGAACAAUAUGAUGAAGGCAAAGAAAAUAUUCGAGCUGCCAUAGCGGUUGGAUGCAGGCAGUUACAGGACCUGGAGGUUCCUGUGGUGGAAGUUGAUCCAUGUGGAGAUGCCCAGUGUGCAGCAGAAGGAUCUAUUUUAGGUUUGUUUGAGUAUAAUGAGCUGAAGAAGAAAAAGAAGACACAGGUCACUGUGAAACCAUUUGGAAGUUUGGAAAAUGAAACGUGGCAGAAAGGAGUUCUGUAUGCUGAAGGACAGAACUUAGCACGACAUUUAAUGGAAGCACCAGCUAAUUAUUUAACUCCAGCCAGUUUUGCAGAGACCAUUCAACAAGCACUGCAUUCAAGAAGUGAUAAAGUCAAAGUGCACAUAAGACCCAAAUCCUGGAUUGAAGAACAACAGAUGGGAGCUUUUCUUAGUGUAGCUAAAGGCUCAGAUGAAGAACCAGUUUUCUUAGAAAUUCACUAUAAUGGUUCCAAAGUAUCCGAUGAAUCACCAUUAGCCUUUGUAGGAAAAGGUAUAACAUUUGACAGUGGUGGAAUUUCAAUUAAACCUGCAUCAGGUAUGGAUGCAAUGAGAGCUGACAUGGGCGGAGCAGCAACAAUCUGUUCUGCCAUCAUCACUGCAGCAUCUUUGAAGCUUCCCCUUAACAUUAUAGGUCUGGCUCCUUUGUGUGAGAAUAUGCUGAAUGGCAGAGCAAAUAAACCUGGUGAUGUAGUCAAGGCAAAGAAUGGGAAAACAAUACAGGUGGAUAACACUGAUGCUGAGGGUCGUUUGAUACUAGCUGAUGCCCUGUGCUAUGCACACAACUUUAACCCCAAAGCAAUUGUAAACGCUGCAACGUUAACAGGUGCUAUGGAUGUUGCUCUGGGAUCAGCAGCUACUGGGGUUUUCACCAACUCUGACUGGUUGUGGGGGCAUCUCAGACAAGCUAGUGUUGUGACUGGAGAUCGAGUGUGGAGGAUGCCACUUUUUCAACAUUACACCAGGCAGGUCACAGAAUCACAACUGGCAGACCUGAACAACAUUGGCAAAUACAGGUCUGGUGGUGCAUGUACAGCUGCAGCGUUCCUGCGAGAGUUUGUUACAGUCCCUCACUGGGCUCACCUUGACAUAGCUGGUGUAAUGUCAAACAAAGAUGAAGUUCCAUACCUGCGAAAGGGAAUGGCAGGAAGACCAACCAGGACGUUAGUGGAAUUUACAGCCUACCUGAGUCAAGAAAGCCAAAAAUCUUAAAUUGCACUUUUAAAGAUGAGCCCACAUACUUUUGCUUUUGUAUUUUUCCGCUUUGUCAGUUUCAUAAUUCUAAUACCUACACAAAUAUCUUUUUAUUUUGUAUUUGUGAUAAAGUUUACUUUUGAUUUUAUUUCUUUUGCAAGUGGAAAGAUGCAACUUAAAUGAAAAAGGGACUUACAUACUUUAUGAAUGAACAAUCUUGUGAUGAUUGACAUUUGUUUAUAAAUACAUUAAACAGUGAUUUUUAUCUUCUCUAAA